GCUGUCUCUCGCUUUAAACAACUUAACAAGACUCCACCUCUACCGAUCUGUUAUUGCCCAUUAAUACAUUAAGGGACUAAUGUGUCAUGAAUAUUCAAGAAUCAGUGUUAAUGUGGGAUUUUUUUUUUAUUGUUAGCGGUCCAUGAACGCGAUACAAGUGACCAGUGACAGAGUGACGAGGGAGAAGCACAGACACAACACCUUCGCCCGUCUGGUUCCUUCCAGAUAUUUUUCCAAACGUUGACGACGCCACCAAAAUGGGCGGCCGCUCACUCCAAGAGGCUCUGACAGAUCCUGCUGUGUUCAGGGAGCUACAAGAACAUCCCGAGACGUUCAGAUUUCGUGACGAAGUGUCCCUCGAGAUCGCUGUAGAGGACGGCCCCUACUCCACCGUGGUUGAGGACACGACCUCCUCCAGCGGAAUCUCCGUUCGGGGGCCCAUGGAGCAUGUCCUGGGCAUCCUUACGCAGUCUCUCAACUUCACGUACACGUUGGUGCGUCCUCCCGACCGCGGUUUCGGCGUCGAGCUGCCCAACGGAUCCUGGAAUGGCAUGAUCGGCCUCGUGGCAAGGAACCAAGCGGACAUCGGCUUGAGCUGCUUCAUGAUGAACCCCGGCAGGGCCUCCGUGGUUGACUUCGUCGACACUAUAUCUUUCAUGAAGGCGAGGAUCCUGGCCGGAAAAGGAAGCCCCGAAAUGAAUCCCAUGGGCUUCUUGUACCCACUGAGCCCCACGCUUUGGGCGGCCCUGUUUGCCAUGCUUCUGGCUGUGUGGGCGGCGACGCUUGUGCUGAGAAGUCCCGCUAGAGGUUCCAGGUGGUACACCAGGGCGGGCCAUCUGCUCUACAGCCACUUCAGUACACUCCUGCAGCAAGAUGUGGGCAUCAGUUUUGUCCGUGCAGUGGACCGGCUUGUUGUUGGUAGUUGGAUGCUGGUUGCCAUGGUGAUUAUUUGGGCUUAUGGCUGCAACUUGGUGUCUCUUCUGGCUGCCAGAAAUAUUCCUCAGUCUAUCCAGAAUCUGCAAGAUCUUGUGGACAGUGAUAUCCAUAUCUUGUUGAGGCCUGAUACUGCUCUCUCCGCCUAUUUGGAACACCGCGCUGAAUUCGGCGCCAUCGAGAACCGCAUAGUUCACAUCGGCUUUUCAGACUACCUGCCCACGCUCGAGGACAUUCGUCGGGGCACCCACGUGCACAUCACGGUGGAGAUGGUGUGCAGUAAGCUGAUGUCUCAAGACUUCUCGAAGUCUGGCCGUUGUGACUUUUACCAGAGUCGAGACGCCUUCAUGGCCAAUCCUAUGAGCAUGAUUGUACAGCGCGGGAGUCCACUUUUGCAAGCCAUCAACCACAGAAUUCGCAGAGUGUUGGCUGCCGGCCUCUUCGACUACUGGGCAACCUACACCAUCCCCAAUGUCACGAGGUGUAGCUACGCCCCGUCUACCAUCACAGUGAUGGAACCUCUCACUAUCACCGCUGUGUCGGGGAUGUUCACCGUCUGGGCUAGCGGACUGGUCCUUUCGCUCGUCUCCUUCUGCAUGGAAAUCCUCGUGGCUAACGCCAUUUCACGUCUACAGGCGGACUAAGAGGAGACUUUAUCUCUGUCAUCCAGUCGUGUAUUAUAUGGACGACAAAACUGCUCUACUGCGACACGAGAAUCUGUUUACAAAGUACACGUAACAGUUAUUGUUAGGUAUCGAUAAGAUAUAGGAAACUCCUAUCAUUCAUAUAUCUUCUAAUUAUUUUAUCUAUAUAAUCUAGUUUUUGAGAGGAGUCUAUGCACGAUAGGCACCAAAAAGUGAAUUUUGAUUAGACUGAUUUUAUGAACAUUAUAAGCUAGAUUUAUUUCACACCAUAUUUUUUUAUCAAAAUCUCAUGCGAAUAAAUACGUAUUCACAUUUACACAAAUA